UCAAUGUCAUGACUUCCUCCGCGGGCUGGAGCCGCAUCAGAGCGUAGCUGAAGGAAGCUGAUUGCCGCGGAUGCGAAUUGGCCGGGAACAAUACACAGAGCGCUUACCCGCACGGGCGGACACACGGCCGCGCACACCGGCAAACGGGGCGGGCGCGACACGCACACACGCGCAAACCGGCACACGGACACACGGACACACGGACACACGGACAAGCACACACACACACGGACAGGCACACACACACACGGACAGGCACACACUCACACACACCCGCACGGGCGGACACACGCCCCCGCACACACACGCACAUAAGCAGCGCACACGCACGGCCAGCCCGCACCCUGGCUCCCGCUCCGCCGCUCCGCGCCCGGGGGGAAGAUGAGCUCGGGGGACGUGGUUUGCACUGGAUGGCUCAUCAAAUCACCCCCCGAGAAGAAACUCAAGAGAUACGCCUGGCGGAAGCGCUGGUUCGUGCUGCGCAGGGGCCGCAUGAGCGGGAACCCCGAUGUGCUGGAAUACUACAGGAACAACCACUCCAAAAAACCCAUCCGCAUCAUCGACCUCAAUGAGUGCGAAGUGCUGAAGCACUCGGGGCCCAACUUCAUCAAGAAGGAAUUUCAGAACAACUUUGUCUUCAUUGUGAGAACCACCUACCGCACCUUCUACCUGGUAGCCAAGACAGAGGAGGAGAUGCAGAUCUGGGUGCACAAUAUCAGCCAGAUCUGUAACUUCGGACACCUGGAAGAUGGCACAGGUUCUGUGGAGAGCCUGUCUCACACCACCUCGUCCCCACAGCCCUCACCGGCCACCUCCACCCACGCCUCCCGCAUCGCUGACCCCUCCUUCUCAGUGGACCAYGCUGCUGCUGACACUGCUGCUGAGGAGACCCCCAGUGAGUCCGAGUCAGUAUUCCUCCCCGACUACCUCUUCCUCUCCAACUGUGAGUCGGGCAAGCUCAGCCACAACAGGUGUGACAGCUGGUCAAAUUCAGACAGAUCUCUGGAGCAAACAUCAUCAGACGAUGUUUUUGUUGACUCCUUGCAAUCCCAGCCCUCCUUAUACCUUGUACAGCCGACCAGUACUGGCACCGUGCACCAGGACGGAGCCCCACUGGCAAAUCCCAGCAUCGUGUCCAGGACCAUAGACAUUAGUGGGCCAACCAGUGACAUUUCCUCCUCUUCUCCACUGCUGGGGACAUCGCUGACACCAACUUUUCAGAUUGACAAAAGCCAGAAGGCGCUGCCCUACGGUGUGACACAGCUGGAUGUGCUGUCCAACACGCCCCCGCCACGGCCGCCCAAGCCAACCCACUUGUCGGACAGGAGAGGGGACGAGGUGGGCGGCGGGGCCCUCCAGAACGGGCACGCGGGGAUCUGCCGCGCUCAGGUCGCUCUGGUGCCCAGGAGGAUCUCCCUGUCCAGCCUGGACAACAUGAGGAACUGGAAAGCAGACAUGGAAGGCAGCUCCUUAAGAAGUCGAGAUAAGAGGCUUAGCUUGAAUUUGCCAUGCCGGUUCUCCCCGCUGUACUCAACGGCUGCGGACAGCGCUGAGGACAGCUACGUGCCCAUGCGCCCCAGCACCUCCCCCUCYGCGCCCAGCUCUGACUGUUCCCCCGACGGCUACAUCCCCAUGAGCCCUGGCUCRGCCACCUUCACCUUCCCUGUCGUCAGCACUGAAAAACUCACCAGCCCCUUGCCUGAGCUCCCCUCAGACGUGGAGCCUCCUCCAGUGAACCGAGACCUCAAGCCUCGCAGGAAAUCACGACCACCUCCUCUGGACUUGAGGAACCUCUCCACAAUCCGGGAGCAUGCUGCCGUGACCAGGAUGUGGACUGUGCCUUACAAUCGAAUGAGCUUUAUCUCACCAGAAAGAGACGGUAUUAAUUCAGCAAGAAUAUUUGCCAAUUCAGUUUCCGGAGAAGAGGAAGAAAGUUACAUUCAUAUGGAACACAGACAGGCCACAUCUCCGUACAGUGGUGCUUUUCCAUGGACAAGGAAAUCUAACCUUGAUUACUUAGCACUGGAUUUUAACUCUGCUUCCCCAUCCCCUGUGCAGAAGAAACCUUUUCUGUCUGAGGAACAGAGAGUGGACUAUGUCCAGGUAGAUGAACAGAAGACUCAAGCUUUACAGAACACUAAGCAGGAAUGGACAGAUGAAAGACAAUCAAAAGUGUGAAGGAAGAAGAUUUGGGAGCUGGAGGGGUUUUUUUUUGCACUGGAACCACAACGUUAAUGAAGCAGCUAUCACAGUGGAGCUCAAAGGCAGAGAGAGCUGUAGGAUGCUUACARUCUGUAGAGGCAUUUUUACUGGAAACCUUUGAUUUCAGCUGGAAAUAGUAUGUUGAGUGAGUGAGUGGUUCACUGAUGACUAAAGUAACGCAUUAGCCUUUUUACUGCCCUUACCAGGAAGCUACAUGGUACCAUUUUCUGGCAUGAUUCUGCAACGAGUCAUACACUUAACAUUAACAAAUCCACUACAAGUUGCAUUAAUCUAGUUCAUCCUGCCUUCUCCUUCUGUUGUAUAAUUCCUAGUUGCUAAAGAUAUUUUCUGAUAUUCCUACAAAUGCUGCAGAUGCUCAGAGUGCUUUUAUGGCAGUGGGCAUCUGACAGGUUUUGGUGACUAAUCAACUAAGGGCUAAAAUACUGAAAAAAAAUAAAAAGAACUUUUUGAAUAUAUAGUGCUUAAGCCAAGAGAAUUUUGAAAAAUAUUUUUCCCCAGGGUUUAAAAGGUCUGACUGUGAGCUGAUGCUGUCAGAACUCAAAACAGGACUACAUACCCAUGCGACUGGAACGCAUGGUCUUUGACCCUCUGGAYGACGGUCGUUGUAUUAAGCUUCUUCUCUCCAUUGUGGCUCACACUUGUCGCUUUUCUGUCUGAUUCCUACUGAUGUUUUCACCCCUGUCUUGAGAAGUGUCUUCAGCACAGCACAGCACAGCUGCUCUUCUAGCRGGAGGCUGCAGCCACACAGCUCUUKGCUGGCCAAAAAUUAGAAAGGGAAGCUGUGAGCCUGUUUCUACAAGCCUUGAGAGAACUGGCAAGGGAYCAAGAAUGCUUUCAUCUGAACAGCAGAAGAAAUGCCAUUGGAAUUGCUGGUAGCAGUCGUCAAUCUGAUUGUUUCACUAGACCCACCCAAAAAGAAAAGAGCAUUAGGAAGUGCAGCGUGCUCCGAGAGAGACAGGAGCCGGCCAAAACAAGACAACAAUGCACUCAAGCAGCGUGAGGACCUCUGGGCUCAGGAAGCUUAUCUACCUUGGGACUUGUUACAGGCACUAUCUCAGGAUGACAUAUGUGUAUAGUUUGUAAGAUAUUUAACUCUAAACACUUGGCUGCAGUCUUCCUUACACGGUGGCAYACAGCCACCUGACUCACGGAGGUUGGCAGUGACGCUGAGUGACCCACACUGGAUUUGGUCUCGCAGGCUUUGCUCCUGUCAGUGAGUCCCAGCAGCCAUAGGAGGUCUGAUCCUGUCGGCACGGACAGACGGACAGGACCCUCACGAGAGGUUUCUUCUCUGACAGUGCCAAUUCGCUGGCCUCCCUUCGUGUGCCUGUUGUUACCACAUUGCAUUGCUGUAACC